CAUGGAUAAACUUAUAUUUUUUCAUUUCCGUCUCUGAACUCCUGGAUCUCGAGGAAACCCAUGCACGAUGCAUCAUCUUCCUACAUCCAGAUCGAUUUGAACAGUCCCAUGCUAAACAGCACGGCAGUUUUUUUAUAGGAAAUCUAUGAAUCACAAGUCUGUUGUGCUUAUGGGGCUGGCUCAAAUUGGUCACGUGAGUGCCUUCUACCCAAUAACAGUCUUACUCGAUUGAAAUCAGGCUCCUCCAUUUAUUGCUCUGAGUUAUAUAUUUCCCAGUAUUAGUCGAAAUGGUGGACGUUAAAGAUAAUCCUCUUGGAGUAUCAUGGCAAGACAGUUCUCUUAUUCCUCUUCUGAAUCCUGGAAAUAUCAUGGAUUAUUUUUCUAGUAGAAGUAACUCAUUUUAUGACCGUACUUGUAAUAAUGAAAUUGUGAAGAUGCAGCGUUUAAAUCCUGAGCAUUUAUCAAACAUGACUGGUUUGGAAUACAUUCUUCUUCAUGUGCAAGAACCAAUUUUGUAUGUUAUCAGAAAACAGCACAGACAUUCUCCUACUCAAGGUGAACAUUAAUUCUUUUGUG